AGACACGGAGGAACAUGCAGCGGACAAACUUUCUUUCCCAUCGGCUCCACUGCUGCCUUCAUCAUUAUCCUAUAAAUCCACCAAAUGAGGAAUAAUGUCUCAGAACAACACCACGGACUCAGAGCUGAACGACUACACCUACGUGCGCUUUUAUGUGUCCACCGCUUCUUUCUCGGUGUUGCUUUUCUUCAACCUCAUCAUCAACUGGACUAUAGUGCGCGAUGAGCGGCUCCGCCGUCACGCCCGCUUCGCGCUGAUUUUCCACCUGCUGGUGUCCGCUCUGGUUCACCUGGGCAUGAGCAGUGUGUUCUACUACCAGAUCCACCUGGACGCACGGCCGAGCCACUCCGCGUGCAUGGCCAUGAUCACCAUUUUGAUCAGCAGCGCAUCCAACAUCCUCCUGACGCUCACGGCGAUGGCUUUGGACCGCUUCAUCGCCGUGUGCCACCCGCUGCGCUACAGCUCCGCGUGCAACGCUGGGCGCUGGCCCUGGCUGCUGGGUGUAUUCACCUGGCUGGUGGCUUUGUCGAUCCCCCUCAGUUUUAUCUUCAACAGUAAGGACCCUUAUCCGAAUAAAUGUGGCCGGGAUCAGCUGAAGAAAGGCGAGCUACAAAAGGUACUCUUUAUAGGUUUGUGCACGCUGAUCAUACUUUACAGCUAUGUGAGGAUACUCGUGGAGGGACGGCGGCUUGGAGUUCUCAAUCGGCGAAACCGGGCCGGGUGCAGGACGAUCGCCCUUCAUGGCUCCCAGCUGGCCGUUUACCUCCUGCCCAACUUUGUGAACUUUGUGCUGUCGAUUCUCAAGACACGGGGGCUUAUUCAGCCAGAGACCAAAGAGCUGUCGGCCGUCGUCAUUUUCGCUUUCUUCAGCCUGGCGCAGUGCGUUGCGCCGGUUGUCUACGGUUUGCGUAAAGAGGAACUUUUGGAACAGUUGAGUCACAGAUUCCCCUGCUGUUCCCGAUAUUUGAAGAACGUCCUCGGAUGGACUGUACACGCCAACUGGCCUCAUGCGCCCCACAGGACGAGGGAGAGAACACUGACGGUUCAAACCAUCAUCUCCCUGGAAGCAUCGCAAGUCCCAGACGUCCCGCAAGAGGAAACUCAGCCGAUGGCAGUCAGGAGUUCCUCACAUGACGAGAACUCAUGCCAAGGUGAUAUGGACGAUGCCUGAAGGGAAAAGCACGGCUGUUGUUGGGAUUUUAACUGUGACAGGAACAUGUUCUCAGAUCUGGCCUUAAAGGGACUGAAGGAAGCACCCUUUACAUCAUCCCAUCAGUUGGAGAGGAUUUAUCUUCAUAUGGGAACAUUAAAAUCCGGCAGCAACAUGGAACGUCAACAUGUUUGUCUAUUUUUGGUCCUUUUUUUUUCUGGUGAACCACAUGCUGACUAACAGUGGAGCUGCAAAGCGGGCAGAGUGGACCCUUCUCUGUCCUGGCCGGUCCAGAGUUAAGCUCCUCCGACCUCCAGGCUGCACACAGAUCUGCGUCAUUUGGGAGUUUAAUGACUGGAAUAGAUGAGUUUCUCAAAUAUAUGGUCUGAUGAAUGUUGUUUCCAUAUAUUAUUAAUAUUGAUAUUAAAA